AUGAAGAUCACGUUUAAAACCUUGCAACAGACACAGUUUCAAUUAGAUGUUGAUCCUAAUGAAACAACGAUUCUUCAGUUAAAGCAAAAAAUUGAAGAAAGUCAAGGACAUGCUGUGUCUCUCCAAAAGCUCAUCUCUAAAGGAAAAGUUUUGAAUGAUGAAAAGAAAAUAUCUGAAUAUCCCAUUUCAGAGAAUGAGUUUUUAGUAUUAAUGGUUUCUAAGGUUCCCAAGCCAAAAACACCGAUCAAACCAUCGGGAAGUUCAAGCAGAUCCGAAGUUACUUCGAAAUCAAGUACUGAGGUCGCUGAUACAAGUCCUUCAGUCCCUCCUGCAUCAAUUACGGCAACAACCGUACCAGCCACUACACAAUCUAUACAAUCUCCAGAAUGGAACAGCAAUGCUAGCACUCUAGUUACUGGAUCCGACUAUGAAAAUGCUGUUAACUAUAUUAUGGAGAUGGGGUAUGAUCGGGAUCAAGUUGCGAGGGCUAUGCGUGCUAGUUUUAAUAAUCCAGAUAGAGCUGUUGAAUAUCUUAUAAAUGGUAUUCCUGACAUUGCACAACAUGAGCAGCAACCUACUGCCACAGAACAAACAGCAAAUCAACCUACCCAACCAGUACCUGUAUCAACCAACACUAGUGCAACAACAGCACAACCACAACCACAACCUCAACCACAACCACAACCACAACCACAACCACAACCACAAAACCUGUUUGAAGCAUUUUCACAACAACAGCAACAGCAGCAACAGCAGCAACAAGGUGGGAAUGUUGAUGCACUAGCUGGUUUGAGAAAUCAACCACAACUUCAACAAUUGCGGCAACUUGUUCAACAAAAUCCGGCAUUGUUGCAACAUUUAGUCCAACAAAUUGGAGCUUCAAAUCCUCAAUUGUUGCAGCUUAUUAAUAAUGAUCCUGCAAACUUUCUCCGGAUUUUGCAAGAAGGUGGCGGCGGUGGUGAAGAAACACGUGAAGGAAAUCUCCCACCUCCACAAUACGUUUCUGUUACACAGGAAGAAAAGGAAGCAAUUGAUAGGCUGGAAGCCCUUGGAUUUGAACGCGCUCUCGCUAUCGAAGCUUUCCUUGCUUGUGAGCGUAAUGAAGAGAUGGCAGCGAACUAUCUUUUUGAUCAUGCACAUGAGGAUGAUUAA